AUGGAAUGUAUAUUGUUUUCUAUAACCAUGUUUUAGUUUUGCAGAAUUAACAUUCCACUGUUGUGUUAAAGGGGAGGAGUUAAGAGUUAAAAAAAAGUUACCCUCUUCCAUUUGAACAUAACGCACACAUGCAGAUGGAGACUCAAAACAGAAAGCGCUGAGAGUGUCGAAGUGUUGCUUGACUUUGGGACUUGAAAGGAAAGAAAGAUGAGGAGAAUAAUAAUGGAGUGCAAUGAGAACUUGAUUCAAUACCUCAGCUGGUGGUUUAUUAUCGGUGGUGUGGCAUAUCUCCUCAGGCAGACCAGGACCCACACCCCGUACGGACGCUAUGUGAGCUCAGAUGGGACCCCGGGGUGGACAUGCCCUGCCAAGCUGGCCUGGUUCCUCCAGGAGCUGCCUUCCUUCCUGGUGCCAGUGUUCCUUCUUCUCACCACAGUCCCAAAACCCGGUCUGGGCAAGGAAAUGCUGGUUUGGACCUUCUGUCUCCAUUACUUCCAAAGAACAUUCAUCUAUUCCUUGCUGACCAGAGGACGCCCUUCACCUUGUUACAUCGUCUUCUCUGCGGUGGUCUUCUGCUCCGUCAAUGGUUUUCUCCAGGGCCACUACAUGCUCCACUGUGCAACUUACAGUGAUGAGUGGCCAUCUGACAUUCGGCUGGGAACUGGUUUGCUAAUGUUUUUUGUUGGAAUGGCCAUCAACAUCCACAGUGACCACAUUCUACGAAAUCUGAGAAAAUCUGGGGAGGUUGUUUACAAAAUUCCCAAAGGGGGAAUGUUCGAGUAUGUAUCUGGUGCAAACUUCUUUGGGGAGAUUCUAGAGUGGUGCGGUUAUGCCGUAGCAACAUGGUCUCUGCCAACGUUCUCCUUUGCUCUGUUCACUUUGUGCUCGAUUGGACCACGGGCCUAUCAUCAUCACAGGAAUUCAGCUCCGCUAUCAUCACAGCAGUCUAUAUUCCCCUGCAGGCGGGAUAAAAUGUGUGCGCUGGAAGUCCUAUAUGGAGUUAUAAUUGGACUAGAGGACGUCCACCCUGAGGAAGCUGCUAUUGUUGUUGGCAGAUAUGAGAAAUGUUUUACCAGAUUACCACAUGCUCAUUUACUUUCCUACCUGGGGCGAUCAGACUCUUCACCAUUGUGAUUCACAAAUACGGAAUUAUUACAAACACCUCCCCCACCCUGCAUUCAGGAAAGCAGAUCAUACUUCAAGUUUGCUCCCCCCUCCUACAAAUAAUGCCUAAAAAAGGACAAAUUGGGUUCUAAGACAGUUCAACACAGGAAUGAGGAAUCCAUUACUGUCCUAGAGGGCUGCUUUGAAUCAACAGAUUGGCAGAUGUUCUGUGAUGCAGCCGAUGGGAACAUUGAUGAAUACAUAGACUCUGUCUCAGCAUAUACAGUAUCUCCAAAUGCAUCGACGAUGUUGUCCCCGAGGGUCACUGUCAGGACUUUCCCCAGCCGAAAGCCCUGGGUAAAUGGUAAUGUCUGUGCUCAGCUUAGAGCACUGCCUCCAUCUAUAGCUCUGGGGACCUAGAGGCCUUAAGCAGAUCCAGAUAUGACCUUCGGAAGGCAAUCAAGGAUGGAAAAAGAGAAUGCAGGAAUAAGUUGGUGUCUAAGUACCACAGCUCUGACCCCAGAUGCAUGUGGGGAGGACUGCUGCACAUCAUAGAAUAUAAAGGGAGAAAUAGCAGUGAUGCCCAUCCCGCCGCCUCGCUCCCUGACGGGGUCAACACCUUCUCUGCACCGUUUGAGGCAACCAAAACAAUUCCUUCAGUGAGGCUUGCUGAGGACCAGGACGACUACACUCACUAACCACGGCUGACGUGAGGAGAUUUUCAAAAAGUGAACCCUCAGAAGUCACCAGGGCCAGAUGGCAUUCCAGGCAGUGUCCUCAGGGGCUGCGCUGACCAACUAGCGGAGGUUUUCACCUCCAUAUUCAACCUCUCCAUCUGUCUGUAGUCCCCUCCUGCUUCCGACUGCCAUCGACCCCGUAGCAAAGAAACCAUCACCUGCCUGACUACCGCCCUGUAGCACGGACCUCCACCAUCACAUCGAUGGAGCUGAAGUUGA